AUGGCUAAAAGUAUAUUAAAAGAUAAUACAAUUCCAUUAACUCAAAAUGCAAGACGUGUAUCAUUUGCACCAGAAGUUACAAUGCAUAGAAUUGAAAUAAUGAAUCCAUCAAAAAGAAGAAAAACAGAUGGUGGUUAUUCUUCAUCACCUUAUUCUUCUGAAAUUGAAUCGAGUCAAUUAGUAAAUUCUAAAUCAGAAGAGGUCCCUAGCUUGAAUCAAAUUGAAUUUGAAGAAAUUGAUGGAUCAAAACCUUUAACUGAUAGUUCUGAUGAAAACAAUGAAGAAGAGGAAAAAGAAAUACAUGAUAAUUCACCUAGACAGAAAGCUAAAGAAAUUGUAAAACUGUUAGUACAAUCUGAACCAACUACAUUCACAAAUGAAAUAUCAAUGGACAUAACAGGAAUUAUAAAACCAAAUAAUCCUUCUAUACAAAAUAAUAAUAAUGAAAAAUUAAAAGAAGAUACAGAUGAAGAUGCAGAUUGUUCAAAUGAUGAAGAUGAUGAUAAUGAAAAUGAUGAUGAAAUAGAUAUGCAAAUUACUGAACCAAUAAAAAUUCCAACUCCAAAAUUUCCUUUGAUUGAUGAUGGUGAACAAACUAUGAAUAUUACUAAUGUUAUUACAAAAAUUAUAAAACCUAAUUCUGAUGAAAAUGUAGAUGGAGAUGAAAAAAGUGAUGGAUACAAACACGAAGAAGAAGAAGACGAGGAGCAAGAAGGAGGUGAAAAAACGAUGGAAUUGACUGAAAAAGUAAAUUCUUCAAUUUAUAAAAGUUUAGUAUCAAAACCUAAUUUAGAAGAAAUUCCAGAUGAAAAUAUUGAUGAAAUAGUUACUGAUAAUGAUGAAUUAAAUCAAGAAAUCAAUACUAAUGAUAAGGAUAAUGAAAAUAUAGAUCAACAACAAGAUAUGGAAUUGACGGAACCAGUACAUCGAAAAAAUUUAAACUUAAACACUAAUCUAGAUCAACCUACAAAUAAGAAUCUUGUAAUUACACAAGAAGAUGAUAAUUUAACACAAUCUCAACCUAUGGAAUUGACACAAGUCACCACCAAGAUAAUACGGCAUGAAAAUGAAAAUGAGAAUGAAGAAGUAAAUGAAAAUGAAAUGGAGAAGCAUAAUGAGAAUGAGAAACAUAAUGAGAAUGAGAAUCAAGAUGAGAAUGAAAAUCAAAAUGAAACGGAGAAUCAAAAUUUGAAUUCAAGUUUCUCAUCUUCUAUACAACAGGAACAUGUAAUAACUACAAAAAUUCCUUUGGCUGAAGUCACACAAGAUGAAAUUGUAGAAGAUAAAGAACAACAAGAAAAAGAAGAAGAGGAAGAAGAAAAUGACGAAUUCAAGAAUUACAUACCUGUCCUGUUAACUAAUUUUUUACAAGAUAUAAAUGUUAAAUUUUAUACAGAUAAUCAAUUUUCACAAAUUGAUAUAAGUUCAGCAGAAUCUACUCAUGAAUUACCUAAAUUAAAUGAUUAUCUUGAUUCAAAACCAUAUAAAGAUAUUUAUUUAUUAUAUGAAUUUAUGAGUAAUGAAUUACAAAAUUUUAUAAAAGAAGGUGAUAAAAUUUAUGAUAAAUUUAAUGAAGAAAUUUCUAAAGAUAAUACAUUAAUAAUGAAAAAAUUUUAUCAAAAUGUAAUGAAUUCAUCAGAUAAUAAUCAAAGUAUAUUUUUAAAUUUUCAAAAUUUAAAAGAAAAUACUAAUUUAAUAAGUCAAAAAACUUGGUAUAUUUGGAGAUCAACUUUAACUAAAAAUGUGAUUCAAGAGAUAAAUAUUCAAAUUGAUGAUUUAAAAAAAGAAAAUGAAAUUAUGUCAAAUGAUUUAUUAGAGUUAAAUCAAUUAUAUGAGAAAGUUACGAUUGAAAAAGAAAAAUUAAUAAUUAAAUUAAAAAAUUUAAAAAUUAUAAAACAACAAUUAAGGAAACUAUCAUCAGAAGAAAUAAAAGAAUUUAAAAAUUCAUUACAAAAUCAAAAAUUAGAAAUUCAAAAUAUUUCAAAUACGUUAAAAUCAAAACAAAUUCAAAUUAAUGAAAUUGAUAAUAAAAUAAAUAACUUAAAUUCAAUAAAAUUAAAAUUUCAAAAUCAAUUAAAUGAAAUUGAAAUUGAAUUAAAUAAAUUUAAAAUUUUUACAAAGAGUGAAAAACGUGAGAUAAUUAAUAAAUUUAAAGAAUUAUCAAAUUUAAAUAAUUUAAAAUAUUUAAAAACUGAAGAAUCCACAUUAGUAUUUUUAUUUGAUGAAGAAAUAGAAUUAAAAUUAAAUUUAACUAAUAAUGUUUUAACUUACCUGAUUAUUGAGAAUAAAUUCCAUUUCAAAAAUUUAAUUGAUUGUAUUUUUAAAAUUUCAAAUAAAGACAACGAAACAAUAUUUGAAAAAUUUAAAAAUUUUAAAAAAUUUUGGUUCAAUUUAAAAAAAUUUGAUUUAAAUUUAUAUUUAAUAUCUUUUAAAUUUCCUGUUUUAGUUAAUGUAAUUGAUAACUUAAUAAAUUUUAAUAUUCAAUAUUUUGAUUUCAAGUCAUUACAAAAAUUUAAAUUAAAUGGAUCAAUUUCAAUUAAUUCUAUAAAUGAAUUUUAUAAAAAUGUUAAAAUUGAAACUAUACCUGAAAAUCCAAAUUUAUUUCAUCAUUUAUUACAAGAAAUUGAACAAUAUUAA